AUGUUUACUCUGAUCACUCUUCUUGGUGCAACCCAGCUCGCUCGCGCCUCGAGUGCGCCCAAAUCCUACGACUAUGUCAUUGUGGGUGGCGGGCCAGCAGGUCUCCUCAUGGCGAACCGUUUGUCUUCCAAUCCGGAUACUACAGUUGCUGUGAUCGAAGCAGGAGAUUCUGCAUACAACAACUCAAAUGUCAGCUCUAUUACAGAAUACGGUGCAGGUCUCAACACCCAGGUCGACUGGGGUUAUGUCAGUGUACCGCAGAUAUCCAACCGCACGUUAUUAUACCACCAGGGUAAGGCGCUGGGAGGCACCACAACGAUCAAUGGUAUGACAUACCUCCGAGCGGAGAAGACUCAGAUUGAUGCGUGGGAAGAGUUGGGAAAUGAGGGCUGGAACUGGAACAGUAUGUGGCCGUUCUAUCUUGAUCAUGAAGCUUUCCAGAAGCCAAGCAAAGAGCAGCAAGAGAAAGGCGCAACAUACGACGAAGAAUUGCAUGGAUUCAAUGGUGAUGUCGGUGUGGGAUUCACUCCGUAUCUUAUGGGUCAAGGCGUGUUUGACAUACUCAAGAAAACUUCACAAGCCCUCGACUAUCCGUUCAAUGCAGACCCGAAUGGUGGCAGUAUGCGUGGGACCUCACUUUGGCCGAUGACGCUUAACACUACCACAAAAACACGCGAAGAUGCUGCAACUGCGCUAUAUUAUCCGAUUGCAAAAGAAAGACCGAACUUGCAUGUGUACCUCAGCACGAUCGCAACACGCCUUGUCUGGGACAAGAGCUUGUCAGCGAAUACUGGUCUGGUUGCCUCGGGUGUGGAGGUGAUUACUCCUAGAAACAAGACUGAGACACUGCGUGCAAAAAAAGAAGUUAUCAUCUCUUCAGGAUCAAUUCGCUCACCUGCACUGCUUGAGCACUCAGGAGUUGGCAACCCAGCUGUUCUUGGACCCCUCGGAAUUGAACAGGUCAUUUCACUUCACACUGUGGGUGCAAAUUUACAAGAUCAGCCGCAAUCGGCAAUCAUGUACACUUCUUCGACGAAUUGGACAGGAUACCCUACAUUCGUGAGCUAUCUCACGGCGUCUGACCUUUUUGGCGAUGAUCUGCCUAUCCUCAGGGCUGAGCUCAAUGCCAACAUCAGUGCGUACGCAUCGACCAUUAUCACAGACUAUGCGCCAAACACAACUACUCCUGAAGUCCAAGAACGUCUCCUGAAGCACCAGAUAGACUUGUUGUUUGACCCUAAUAGUACGAUUCCGCUGACAGAACUUCUCUGGGCUCCCACUGAGAAUGCGAUCGUUGUGGUUUUCUGGAAUCUACUGCCGUUCUCUCGAGGCUCAGUCCACAUUACCUCUCCUGACCCCACGAUCCCACCGGCGAUAGACCCGAGGUUUCUCCAACUUCCUAUCGACACGUAUGUUCAGGCCGCAACUGCAAUACGUGUACGCGAGUUCUUCGCGACGGCACCACUGUCCACUCACGUUGGUGUCGAGCUCGAACCUGGAUUCGAGACAAUUCCUGCAAGCGCAGGCUGGCGAGAUUCCACUUGGAAGGAAUGGAUUACACAGAAGUACUCGACCAAUUUGCACCCCAUCAGUACGUGUGCGAUGAUGAGUAAGGUCCUGGGAGGCGUUGUAGAUGCGAAGGGACGGGUGUACGGAACAAGUAAUGUCAGGGUUGUAGAUGCGAGCGUGAUGCCUACGCAAGUCAGUGGGCACCUGACGGCGAUUCUGUUUGCUACUGCACACUUGUUUGGUCACACCCUUCACCAGUGGGGGCAAAGCACAACAAGCUUUGGAACGCAAUCUCAACACGACUUCGAGAUGUCGUCACUCAUGACCAUACCCCGCGAGCUGCGCGAUCAGAUCUGUACAUAUGCUCUCCUGGCCCAGACAAACGAACCUCCUCUACUCGAAAAAGACUUCUAUGAGCUCAUCAAGGGACGAACAAUCUACGCUCAGCCAAAGAUGUUCUCCUGGACUGAUGUUGUGCUCUACCAGCUGGAGGGUAACAUCUCCAACGCCUCCAGCCUUUUACGAGUCAACCAUCAACUACAUGCCGAAACUCUGGAGAACCUCAAAUUCAUUCCAGAAGCCCGCACGUACGACCUAGAUGUGGUUAUCCUGGAUGAGGUUCUCCCCCUGCCGACGUGGCUCCGCGUCCCAGCUCUUACUUCAAGCAUCGACGUUUUGAAUGCCACAUUUCGCAUUUCGGGCAACUUCACUACUAUGGGAGGAAGGCGUGGGCAUGCAUACUCCCAACUCGGGGUCUACAAUGGAUGGAGAGUGGGCGACGGUGGGCCCCCAGCUAUGACUUGGCAGAUAUACAGCUUGCUGGGGCGCUUCAUUAGAGUCGGACCGACUGGAGAGCGAGCUACGGACAAAGAACACAAACAUGUCAUCGUCAAAACACUCUGCAUAGAUGUCAAGUCCCCGCCUAGCGUUGAUCCCAGUCGCUUUGGCAAGCCCAAAAGCGGUCGUGGUUGCAACUGGGAUGAGGAACCGGAGCACGUUCUGGAUCCACAGUAUCUUGUGGACUUUCUCGUUGAACAGAUAGACUGGCUACUGAGUGGGGAUCAUGGUCAUGAGUGGUUCAGCUAUGGGAUGAUCUUGUAUGAGCACGUGGAUGAGAUCAUCGUGUCACAAGACAAUAAGCACAUGCGUACGUGGGACGUUGCGACACAUCUAAAACACGUGGAUGGCUUUGAUGAGCGAUAUUUCUCAGCGGAGCGGGUGAAGGAGUAUAAGAGGAAGACCUGGCAAUGGAGGAAGGCGAGAGGUUUACGAGUUCUGGAUGGAUGAGUGCGCUGUGAUUGGGAUGUGGUUUCGUGGGCCAUAGGUGAAGGUUUAAUCAGUGUCAUUCGGUUGUUAAUUAGCUAAAGCAGCCAGUUGAGGUGAUUCAG